GUAGAUAGCAUACGAUACAUCGCCAACACUCGAGAGACGAACUCUUCAGGGCUUGGCGCCUAUCAGCGCACCUCCCCUUCCUCCCCCCAUCCAACGUGGCUGCUUGUCAAGGCCAAGUUCACGCAUUCGACUCUCAGGACCUCGUCGACACCUACAUCCCAGACGGCCCUGAGACUGUCAUCUACACCUGCGAGCAGCAGCCGUGCCCCAACCGAACACCCCGAUCGAUCGAGCAAGAUUACCCACACUACAAAGCGAUCCGACGAGCGCAACAUCCGCUCGGUCCUCGAAGCACCCUUGCAUCUCGAUCUGCCUCACGGCACUCUCGCCCUGUCUCCCCUAGCUCCCGCCUUCCCCAAACUGUCGCCGGUCCAAGUCAAGCGCGAGGAGAUCUCCCUCCAGACCCUGCGCCAGAGCCUGAGCCUGAGGAAAGUACGAGUGAAGAAGGAGUCUCGGAGUCUGAGUCCGCAGAUCCUGCUCGGCCUGCCUCGC